CCUCAAACUUUAUACCUAGUCAAACAUCACAACUUCACUUUUCCUCAUCCCGUGCCCUCCUGCAUAUAAAUAAUCUAAGCUAUUCCACAACUUUGAGACUCUCUUGACAACCCAAAAACACUAAAAGUUAAAAAGAUGUCAAGCAACUCAAGCCCACUAGAGACAGACACUAUUACAUUUUUACAUUCCAACUUCUUCUUCUUCCAAGAUGAUCAAUCACCAACACCAUGGAAUAAUGACCUUCUCUUCAAUGAUCCAUUUCUUGAUGAUGAUCAAUAUUCACCAAUUAUAGAAUAUGAUCAUCAUCAAGAAGUACUUGUAGAAUCCUCAAACACUACAACUACAUCAAAAGCAAGUAUUAGCCAAAAUAGUCCUGAUCAAUAUUCACCAAAUAUAGACUAUGAUGAUCAUCAAGAAGUUCUUGUAGAAUCCUCAAACACUACAACUACAUCAAAAGCAAGUAGUAGCCAAAAUAGUCCUGAUCAAUAUUCACCAAAUAUAGAAUAUGAUUAUCAUCAAGAAGUUCUUGUAGAAUCCUCAGACACUACAACUACAUCAAAAGCAAGUAGUAGCCGAAAUAGUCAUGAUCAAGAAGAAGUAACAUCCCAAGAGAAACAAGAAGAAGAAGAUCAAGAAAAACACUAUAUUGGGGUUAGAAAAAGGCCAUGGGGUAAAUAUGCGUCCGAAAUUAGGGAUUCGACGAGAAAUGGGAUUAGGGUUUGGCUAGGAACAUUCGAUACUGCUGAAGAAGCUGCUUUAGCUUAUGAUCAAGCUGCAUUAUCAAUGAGAGGUCCUUGGUCACUUCUCAAUUUUCCAAUUGAAAAAGUUAAACAAUCACUUGAAAAAAUUGAGUAUACUUGUAAAGAUGGAUUAUCUCCAGCUGCUGUUCUUAAAGCUACUCAUAAAACAAGAAGAGUGAAGCAUAAGAGAAGUAGUAGAAAGAAGAAGAAAAAUAUAGAAAAUGUUCUUGUGUUUGAGGACUUGGGAGUUGAGUUAUUAGAAGAGCUUUUAAUGAGUUCAUCAUAGUACUAUAUUAAUAAUUAUUAUCGUGUCGAAAAUAAUGGGUUUGAUUUUCGUGAGAAACGGGUAAUUAAUUGUCUUUGAUCA